CCAAAACACAAAAGGGCAAACCCGAAGCCAGAGCUGGACCCAAACCAAAAGAUCCCCUCUUUUAAACCCGAAACUUCACUCUAAUGCUAACUGUCACUAGAAUCCGAUUUCUACUCAUGCCUGGCGCUACGAUGCUCUCCCCUUCCAAAUCAUCGGUAGGCCUUAAAAUCCGUAGUUCCCCAUUCUCUUCCUCUUCUAAGCUCUUCAAUGGGGGACCUCUUAGGAGCCGCGUUGCUUUCUCUUCUCAGUUAUCGCGCUCCGUUUUUCUUCGAUGCUUUGCUUCUUCCAGUGGCUUUGAUCGAGUUAAAAUUCAAAAUCCAAUCGUUGAAAUGGAUGGUGAUGAAAUGACGAGGAUCAUUUGGAAAAUGAUAAAAGAUAAGCUUAUAUAUCCCUAUCUUGAAUUGGAUAUCAAGUAUUUCGAUUUGGGGAUAUUGAAUCGUGAUGCUACUGAUGACAAGGUUACAGUAGAAAGUGCUGAGGCCACUCUGAAAUACAAUGUUGCUGUAAAAUGUGCUACCAUAACUCCUGAUGAGACCAGAGUUAAAGAAUUUAGCCUGAAGUCUAUGUGGAGGAGUCCAAAUGGCACAAUUAGAAACAUCUUAAAUGGCACUGUUUUUCGUGAACCUAUUCUCUGCCAGAACAUUCCAAGAAUUGUUCCUGGUUGGAAGAAACCCAUAUGCAUUGGUAGACAUGCCUUUGGUGAUCAAUAUCGUGCCACAGAUACAAUCGUUAGAGGACCAGGAAAGCUUAAAAUGGUUUUUGUCCCAGAGGGUGGUGACACCCCCAUGGAGCUUGAUGUUUAUGAUUUUAAGGGCCCAGGUGUAGCACUUGCUAUGUAUAAUGUUGAUCAGUCCAUUCAAGCUUUUGCCGAGUCAUCAAUGUCAUUGGCAUUUGCAAAAAAGUGGCCUCUUUACUUGAGCACCAAAAACACAAUUCUGAAGAAAUAUGAUGGCAGGUUUAAGGACAUAUUCCAGGAGGUAUAUGAAGAGAAGUGGAAGCAGAAGUUUGAAGAACAUUCGAUAUGGUAUGAGCAUCGGCUAAUUGACGAUAUGGUUGCUUAUGCGGUAAAAAGUGAAGGUGGUUAUGUGUGGGCUUGCAAAAAUUAUGAUGGAGAUGUCCAAAGUGAUUUACUUGCUCAAGGAUUUGGUUCGUUGGGCCUCAUGACCUCUGUGUUGUUAUCAUCUGAUGGAAAGACACUUGAGGCUGAGGCUGCUCAUGGGACUGUUACUCGGCAUUUCCGGUUAUAUCAGAAAGGACAAGAAACCAGCACAAAUAGUAUUGCUUCAAUAUUUGCAUGGACACGAGGGCUAGAACAUAGGGCCAAACUGGAUAAGAAUGAAAGGUUGCUUGAUUUUGUGCGCAAGUUGGAGGCUUCAUGCAUUGAGACUGUAGAAGCAGGAAAAAUGACGAAGGAUCUAGCUAUUUUGAUUCAUGGCCCUAAGGUGUCGAGGGAGUUUUAUUUGAACACGGAAGAAUUUAUUGUUGCUGUUGCACAGAAUCUCGAGGCAAAGCUUCGGGAACCUGCAGUUGUUUAACCACACAUUUAAAAUCACCACUUAGCACUCUCUCUUUCUCGGCACCCUCCAUUAGAAUGAAGAUUUCAGAAGUUCUCAACAGAUUUAACAAAAUUCUCCAAUUUUAAGAAAUCUUCUCUGAUUCACUUUGGCAUGACCUUGGUAGAAGGAAAGAGGACUUAAUACUGAAGCACAUCUGAUUUCAAUUUUAAUUUAAUUUUUGUUUCAUCCCCUUUAGAUCGACAAAGUAAAUUUAGGUUUUUAAAACGUUUUUGUAUUGGUUGUGCUAGCAAUUUUUGGAUGUGCGUUGAUGUUGAUUAAUGUUGAUAGCUCAAGUUAUUGCAUUUAUGGAGAGUUUUUGAGUUGGGUUCUCUGCUUGUAGUAAGCUGUAAUAAUCAUAUGAAUGAUGGAGAUUCCCCCUUUUUAAAAAAUAAUGAACCCUUAGUUUCUCUGUUCUAGGAAA